CACACUUCCACAACGGCUGCACGCACGGAACAGGGAAUGAAUGGCACACCCGGAUGUCGGAAGUUGUUCUGUAGCCUACUAUGCGUCUUAUAAACACAUUUGUAAAUACGGUCGCAGUUAUUUGUACAAUAUAGCAUCGUGUCACGGUGACAUCACAGGAAAACUCGGUUGAGAAAGUGCGGAUACAUUUCAGACCGAACAGCUGUCAGGCACCAAAGGUAAGACGAUGAUCAGAUGUGAGGAACAGCACAGAUACAGUCAUGAGUCCAUCAGUGCGUUUGCCGGAGUUGAUCCGGGUCAUCCGCAGUGCUCGGACGCAGGGUGAGGAACGGGGCAUCAUCCAGCGAGAGUGUGCGGAUAUCCGGGCGCAGUUUCGACAGCAUGACAAUGGAGAGCGAUCGCACAGCCUGGCAAAGCUACUGUAUGUGCACAUGCUGGGGUACCCUGCACAUUUCGGCCAGAUGGAGUGUGUACGUCUUAUCGCCAGUCCCAGAUACAGCGAGAAGCGGAUUGGUUACUUGGGAGCCAUGAUGCUGUUGGAUGAGAAACAGGAUGCAAGCCUUUUGAUGACCAACUCUAUCAAAAAUGAUCUCUCUCAUAGCAGUCAGUAUGUUCAGUCUCUGGCUCUGUGUACUUUGGGAUGCAUGGGCUCAGCUGGGAUGUGUCGAGAUCUGGCGCCAGAGAUCGAACGACUACUCAGGGCCUCUAAUUCAUAUAUCAAGAAAAAGGCCAUCCUGUGUGCUGUUCACAUCGUAAGAAAAGUCCCAGAGCUUGGAGAACUGUUCACACCGUCAGCAAAGUCUUUGUUGUCAGAGAAGAACCAUGGGGUUUUGCACGGUGCUGUAGUUUUAAUAACUGAAUUGUGUGAGAAGAACCACGAUACUCUUGGGCAGUUUCGCAAGGCUGUGCCAGAUCUGGUUCAGAUUAUGAGAAGUCUUGUGACAUCCAGCUAUUCUCCAGAACAUAACAUAGCUGGUAUCAGCGACCCCUUUUUACAGGUGCGCAUUCUUCGGUUGCUAAGGAUUCUGGGUCACAAUAAUGAUGCUGCUAGUGAAGCCAUGAAUGAUUUGCUGGCACAGGUGGCCACAAAUACAGACAGCAGUAAGACUGCGGGCAGUGCUGUGCUGUAUGAAACGGUUUUAACUAUCAUGGACAUCAACUCAGAGAGUGGGCUUAGGGUCCUCGCUGUAAACAUUCUGGGGAGGUUUCUGCUUAAUAAUGACAGGAAUAUUCGUUAUAUAUCGAUGACAUCACUCCAGAAGAUAGUGCAGACGGACCACAAUGCAGUGCAGCGGCACAGGGGCACUAUUGUGGACUGCCUGAAAGACCAAGACACCUCGGUGAAACGUCGAGCUUUAGAACUGUCACUCGCUCUGGUGUCGGCUGCGAACAUUCGCUUAAUGAUGAAGGAGCUCCUUAUUUUCCUUUCAACCUCUCCCGUCGAGCUUCGAUCUCAUGCUGCCUCUGGCAUCUUCAACGCUGCCGAAAGGUAUGCCCCUUCUAAGCGCUGGCACAUUGAUACCAUCCUUCAUGUGCUCACCACGGCAGGGGGCGACGUAAGAGAUGAGACUGUGCCCAACCUAAUUCAACUCAUCACAACUGCUUCUGAGCUACACUGUUACACUGUUCAAAAGCUCUAUAAAGCACUGGUUAAAGAUAUUUCACAACAAUCUUUGGUCCAGGUAGCGUGCUGGUGUAUAGGAGAAUAUGGAGACCUGCUGCUUAAAGGAGAAUGUGAGGAGAUUGAACCUGUGCAGGUUACAGAGGAUGAUGUCUUGGAUGCUUUGGAAACGGUUUUACAGUCUCACAUGUCGUCACCGGCAACCAGAGGCUUUGCGCUCACUGCUACCAUGAAGCUGAGCACUCGCAUCACAGAUAAUGUCGAUCGAAUCCGAAGUAUUGUCAGUAUAUACGGCAGCUGUAUUGACCUGGAACUUCAACAAAGGGCAGUGGAGUAUAAUGCGCUCUUUAAGAAAUAUGACCACAUGAGAGCUGCAGUGUUAGAGAGAAUGCCAGUGAUGGAUAAAAACUCACCUGGCCACACCAAUGGAGACAUAACAGGAGAACUUGUUAAAGAGCCUGAACUAUCCAAACCAGUUGAGGCAGGAUUACCCUCCCAAUCGACAAACCAGGUGUGUGACCUUUUGGAUCUCUUGGGUGGAACCGAUACGCCCAGCCCGGCCCUUACUAGCACUCCACCAUUAACUACCUCUAGUGCUGGAGAUCUUCUUGACCUUCUGGGAGGACUGGAGCUCACGCCAGUGGUUCCCAAUACGACGGUUUACGAGAAGAAUGGAAUAACCAUAAAGUUACAAUGUGACAGACAGACAGAAACAGAUGUCACGGUCACCUUCAUUGCUUCUAACUCCACUAUGAAUGACAUCACCAACUUCACUUUGCAAGCAGCAGUACCAAAGAGUGUUCAGCUGCAAAUGAAGGCUCCGAGUGGUAAUGUGAUUCCAGCCCACGGCCUCGGUCAAGUCACACAAACUGUUUUACUCCACAACCCUAACAAGGUGAGCCUAAAGAUGCGACUUCGAGUGUCUUACUCUCAUCAGGGCACAAUGUGUCAGGACAUGGUACAGAUUGACUCCUUUCCAAGCCCCUUGUGAAAGACCCGCAUAAGUCCAGUCCACCUUGAGGCGAAGCUUCAUGUCAUCUGUUUCAUUAAGACGGACACUACGCAAUCCGGCAGUCUGUCAGCCUCUGUCUUUUGGCAACAUGACACGAGUCAUUUAAAAGAUUAUUGCUGGUAGACGUGAACUGAAAUACUGUCUCAGCACAGAUUUUAUAUGACAGAUGUUUAUAAAGUGUUUAUGAACAUUCAAACUAAUUCACACAGUUUCAGACAAGCUCUUUGCAUCAUGCCACACAACAGGUGGUUUCCAUAAAGACUUUUUGUUUUUACAAACAUUACUUGUGUGGGACAAAACAAUGUUAUCAGGUAUGUUGAUGUUUUCAGUUAAGAUGGCUCAAAUAAGCAUUUUAUCUGGGAAACCACCCCUAAAAAAAUCAAUCUUCCCAAUCUGUUAACAAGUAUAUGAACUUGCGUUCAUGUUUUAUCUGAAUUAACCAGAUUAAUGCCUAUAAAGUAGUGAUGGGUUGAUUUGAAGCACUGCUUUAUGAAGCCUCAAAACAUUUACAAGUCUUUGUAAUGAAUCAGUGGUUCAAAGCGUGUUUCAAACUGGCCAAGUCACGUGAUUUUGGCAAAUGAGGCUUCAAAGGUCCUGUCCCAAAUGGCGCACUUCAUGUGGACUUUCAGUCUCGUGGACUUAAAAUGGCGCGUGCUUGCUUAGUCUACGAGUCCGUAGUGUGUCCCAUCUUUCAUUUUUAUGCUUUAAAGUGUGCUUAUCAGCGCCACCUUUGCCCCCUUGAUGCGGUCUUCAGCGAAGCCCACACUGCAGCAGGCUUCACGCACUUUACCAACCCUGAAGUCCUUGCAAAAGGGCAAUCAGACCAAUUGGACGACAGAAGGGAGGAGUUCACACUGAUUGGCAACUUUUCUACCUAUUCCGGUGUGUCGCUCGAGUCUGUCCCAAAAUACGACAGCAUGAUGUCAUCAGAGUGUGGACUCUGAGGAGGACCACAAGUCUGGAGUGUGCCAUUUGGGACAGGGCCAAAGAGGUUUCAAAACGAAAAUCCGACGCUUCACCAAUAGGGGGAGUCGAUUACAAAGUGCACCAAUUGACCACCAGUCACAGUCUAAUACUUUUUGAUUAUAGACAGAUUUAAUGACAAACAUAUGCAUCAUUAAAAGGGGGUUAAAGUGUUAAUGAACUGUUUGCCCUAAAUAAAACUAAAAACACAGAGUAGCCUUUACUUAAUUACUAAAAGUUAAAUAUUUUUUCAACAAAAACCUUGCAAUUAUUGUGUAAAAUGU